UUCAGUCACAUCGUCAGACUCAUGAAGAAGUUCGUCUAAACUUUUAGAAUAACUGCAUGUGGAGAAGGCUGCAGUGAGAAAAGGCUGUGCAGUAUGGCGGUGCCUUUUGUGCAGGACUGGGACCUGGUCCAGACUCUGGGAGAAGGAGCCUACGGAGAAGUGAGGCUGCUGGUGAACAGACAGACGGAGGAGGCGGUGGCAGUGAAAGUGAUCGACACCUCGCAGGCUAAAGAGUGUGCUGAAAAUGUCAAGAAAGAGGUCUGCAUUCAUAAGAUGCUCAACCACUCCAACAUCGUGAGAUUUUUUGGCCACCGGAAGGAAGGACAAACUGUUUACCUCUUUUUGGAGUACUGCAGCGGAGGAGAGCUCUUCGACCGCAUCGAGCCUGAUGUGGGGAUGGCAGAGAAAGAUGCUCAUAAGUUUUUCCAGCAGCUGAUAGCAGCUGUGGAGUACCUCCACAGCGUUGGCAUCACCCACAGAGACAUAAAGCCAGAGAACAUCUUGCUAGAUGACAAAGACAACCUGAAGCUGACAGAUUUCGGCCUGGCCACCAUGUUUCGGUUCAAAGGUCGAGAGCGCCUCCUGGGUCGACUCUGUGGAACUCUUCCAUAUGUGGCUCCAGAGCUUCUCAGCCAAACAGAGUUCAAAGCUCAGCCUGCAGAUAUCUGGGCUUGUGGGAUAGUCCUCACUGCCAUGCUGGCUGGAGAAUUGCCGUGGGAUCAGCCAACUGAGAGCUGCCAGGAGUACUCAGAUUGGCUUCAAAAGAAAACAUAUCUACCUCCUUGGAAGAAAAUUCAACCAGUGCCUCUUAGUUUGUUGUCCAGAUUACUGCUGGCCCGUCCAGAUGCACGCAUCACCAUCACAGACAUAAAGAAAGACCACUGGUUUACUCAUGGUGCAAAGCAAACACCUGGUUCUCUGAACUCAGAACGGAACAAACUUCUUCGAUCUGACAGUGGACUCAUAUCCCGGGCCAAGAGUGAUGACAGGAUGCAGUUUUCCAGCUCUCAGCCGGAUCUAGCAGCAGGUGGCUUGGAAGCCAUGUUGUUAACUGGUCAAAUCAGCUUCUCCCAGCCGACCAAGCCUGAGCACAUGUUACUGUGUAGUCAGCUUCUCGGCACACCGGGAGCCAGUCAGUCACCGUGGCAGAGAUUAGUGCGGAGAAUGACGCGCUUCUUCACCACUGUGAAUGCCGACGCCUCUCUAUCGGCUCUGAAAGACACCUGUGAUGGUCUGGCACUUGGAUUCAAACUCACCUGCACCAAACAGGUGACGGUGAGCACGCUGGACAAACGCAAUAACAAACUCAUCUUCAAAGUCCAUUUACUAGAUAUGAAUCAAAGAGUGCUGCUGGACUUCAGACUGUCUAAGGGCGACGGUUUGGAGUUCAAACGUCUCUUUGUGAAGAUAAAACAGAAGCUGGGCGACGUCGUCAGCACUCAGAAGAUUUUGCUCCCCAUCACAUGAGCAGCCUCCACAAACAGCUGUUACGGACAAACAACCUGUACAUAUUUAGCUGUUCUGUUUAUGUUUUACAUGUAUUCUGCCGUCUUCUUGAAGUGUGUGAAUGUAGACUAUCGUUUUCUUUUAUCCGUGUGGAAACUGGUUGGGUGGGGAGACAAAACUCUGGUCAUAUCCUCACUUCAGUAGGUUUUAGUUUUUGGUUAGAUUGUGUUAGUUAAUCAAAGUUAAGUACACAGGGAUAGAAGAUUGUGUGUGUGUGUGCACUUCUGGCCGUCUAUUUUUAUGCUGUUGAGAAGACUGAUGUGUUCUGAUUAUGUCUGACAUGAUACAGUCUUGAAUAAAUUAUUAAAAGACCAACA